UUACUUUUUUACAAGCGGGGCACGUUACUCUAGUAAUCCUGCUUCUUACUAAACGACGACGCAACAAAACCGCGUGGGGACAGAAGAAAAGGAGGCGCGCGCGCCCGGGACUUGUUGCGCUAGAAGAAAGGUAGCGGCGCGCGCGCGCGCGGCACCGCCUCCGCGCGGCGCCCAGAUAAAGUGUGUCAGCGCGGACGAUGCAACUCUCAACGCUUGAACCAUGAAGCUGCUGCUGCUGCUGUCCGCGCUCGUGGCUCUGCUCACCGGCGUGCGCGUGCUCUGCCAGGACCCCGAACCCAAGGAGGACGCGGACUACUGGACAAGCACGAACCACCAGGACGGCUGGCUGUCCAGCGAGCCGCUCAGAGAAAUGCUGCUGAGGAUGACGAGGAAGCCGCGGCCGCAUCAGUUCAUCGGCCUGAUGGGGAGGCGCUCCACGGCAAACGCACAGAUCACCAGGAAAAGACAUAAAGUGAACUCGUUUGUGGGGCUGAUGGGAAAAAGGAGCCAAGAGGAACCAGAGUCAUACGAGUGGAGCACAAUACGGACGUACGACCAGCGGCGCUGAGCACCUGUCAUCUUCUUGUCUUGCGUGUGUGUUGGGGGGGGGGGGGGUAUUUUUUUUCCUUGCUAUGUAUAAAUGUUAGCUGAAUAAAACGACUGUUUUCAUGUUCUGGUGAUGA